GAAAUUGCAAUUUUAACUUUAAACACAAAGAACCGUUCUGUCUUGAAAAGUAUAGGUUAUAGAAGGCGAUAGCAAGUUAUUCUUAAUCAAUUUAAAACUGAACUAAUCUACAAGGUCACAUGGAAGCGAAUUUCUUUAUACCUUUCCUAUCAGAAUUAAAAACUGUCACUACAAUUCCAACUUUUUUAGAAAAUAUAAAUACAAGAUCGUGAAGUAAAAUGAUUAGAAAUCCAUGGAAAUUUUCUAGAACACUAGUAACAAGUAUUUCUCGUUGUCAUCGCAAUGCAUCCACUUUGGUUGUUAUCGAGCAUUCGGAUGCUGAGAUAACUCCUGCGACAUUGCACUCGAUAACAGCUGCAAAUCGAUUGGGAGGCGAUGUAACUUGCCUGGUAGCAGGGGUUAAUUGUGCACCUGCUGCAUCUGAAUUAUCAAAAAUAAAGGGGGUUUCGAAAAUACUCAUUGCUCAAAAUGAUUGCUAUAAAGGGUACUUACCAGAGACCUUAUCAAACUUGGUCCUAGAUGUUCAAAAAAAGUUAAACUUUACUCAUAUCCUUGCUACUGCUACUUCCUUUGGAAAGAACCUUUUUCCCAGAGUUGCAGCCAAACUUGAUGUUGCACCCUUAUCAGACAUCUCUGAGAUAAAAGACGAGCAAACGUUCGUCAGAACAAUUUAUGCAGGUAAUGCUGUCACAACCAUCAAAUCAAAUGAUUCUGUGAAAGUUAUAACUGUCAGAGCAACAGCUUUCGAUGCCGCUGAAUCUUCGACCGAAUGUGCACCUACUGAAAACUACGAAACGGCUACAGUAAAGGAUGAAAAAUCAGUGUGGGAAAGUCAAGAAUUGAGUGUUAGCGAUCGUCCCGAACUUACCAGUGCAAAAAUUGUUGUCUCUGGAGGUCGCGGUUUGAAAAGUGGGGAGAAUUUUGAAUUAUUGUACAAGAUGGCUGACAAGCUGAAUGCUGCAGUGGGCGCAUCACGUGCUGCUGUUGAUGCGGGAUAUGUUCCCAAUGACAUGCAAGUUGGUCAGACAGGCAAAAUGGUUGCUCCAGACCUAUAUAUUGCCGUCGCUAUAUCGGGUGCCAUUCAGCAUUUAGCUGGUAUGAAAGAUAGUAAAACUAUAGUAGCUAUUAACAAAGAUGCCGAAGCUCCAAUUUUUCAAGUGGCAGAUUAUGGACUAGUAGCCGAUCUUUUUAAGGUUGUUCCCGAAAUCACAGAAAAGUUAUAAUGGUUGAAAAUGUAUUUUAAUAUAAUGUUUUUUGGUUUCUUUUGAUAUAAAUAAAAACAAAUAGA